GUAGGAAAAGGACAAUCUACCGUUUUCAGCGGUUGAUCAGGCAUUCGCCAGAGCCGCCUUAUUCAUUCCCUUUUCAUCCAAGAUGGCGGGUGACGAGUCUGGUACAACGCUGGGUCAGCCUCAUCUGGCUAGACAAGACCUUAGUACUCUGGAUGUGUCUACUUUGACGCCUCUCUCUCAAGAAAUCAUCAGCAGACAGGCCACCAUCAAUAUUGGCACCAUCGGUCAUGUGGCCCAUGGAAAGUCCACAGUAGUGAAGGCCAUUUCUGGUGUUCAUACUGUCAGGUUCAAGAAUGAGCUCGAGAGAAACAUCACCAUCAAGCUAGGAUAUGCUAACGCUAAGGUCUAUAAGUUGGAUGACCCCAGCUGUCCCAGGCCAGAGUGCUACAGGUCGUGUGGCAGCAGCACUCCUGAUGAGUUCCCUUCGGACAUCCCUGGCACCAAGGGUAACUUCAAACUGGUCAGACAUGUGUCAUUUGUGGACUGUCCUGGUCACGACAUUUUGAUGGCAACCAUGUUGAACGGAGCUGCUGUCAUGGAUGCAGCCCUCCUGCUCAUUGCGGGUAACGAGUCGUGUCCUCAGCCUCAGACGUCAGAGCACCUGGCGGCCAUAGAGAUCAUGAAGCUGAAGCACAUCCUCAUCCUGCAGAACAAGAUUGACCUGGUGAAGGAGAGCCAGGCCAAAGAGCAGUACGAGCAGAUCCUCGCCUUCGUACAGGGCACAGUGGCAGAGGGCGCUCCCAUCAUUCCUAUCUCAGCACAGCUGAAGUACAACAUUGAGGUGGUUUGUGAAUACAUCGUGAAAAAGAUCCCAGUUCCUGUCAGAGACUUUAUCUCCGAGCCCAGACUCAUUGUCAUCAGAUCUUUUGAUGUGAACAAGCCUGGCUGUGAAGUGGAUGAUUUGAAAGGAGGUGUGGCAGGAGGAAGUAUCCUGAAGGGUGUGCUCAAGGUGGGUCAAGAGAUCGAGGUGCGGCCAGGUAUCGUGUCCAAAGACCACGAAGGAAAGCUGAUGUGCAAACCCAUCUUCUCCAAGAUCGUCUCUUUGUUUGCUGAGCACAACGACCUGCAGUAUGCUGCACCCGGAGGCCUUAUUGGUGUGGGCACUAAGAUCGACCCGACACUGUGCCGGGCGGAUCGUAUGGUGGGUCAGGUGCUGGGCGCCGUUGGAGCGCUGCCAGAGAUCUUCACCGAGCUGGAGAUCUCCUACUUCCUUCUCAGGAGGCUGCUGGGAGUCCGCACAGAGGGAGACAAGAAGGCUGCCAAGGUCCAGAAGCUGUCUAAGAAUGAGGUGCUGAUGGUAAACAUUGGCUCGUUGUCAACAGGCGGCCGCGUUAGUGCCGUGAAGGCUGAUUUGGCCAAGAUCGUCCUCACUAACCCCGUCUGCACAGAAGUAGGAGAGAAGAUUGCUCUGAGUCGACGUGUGGAGAAACAUUGGCGUCUGAUUGGAUGGGGACAGAUCAGGAGGGGUGUGACCAUCACACCCACAGUGGACGAUGACUGAGGGGAGAGGGGGAGAAAACGGAACGUCACAGUAGCAACGCCCUCAUCAGCUGGACAUCACAACCAUCGCCCUCUUCUUGGCUUUUUUUUUUUGUUUGUUUUUUUUCCACAAGGAGGAAGGAAGGGAACAGAACAGGACAUGUCAGUGUUUUAAAGAUGCCUCCUCCCUCUGCUCUUCUUCCUCAGCAGUGACAUGAGAGGGUCAGAUGACCCUGUUCUUUUUUUUCUUUUUCUUUUUUUUACUUCACUGAGGAAGAAGAGCAGAGGAGAAGAGGAGGCCCUUUAAACUAUCAUAACAACCCUCCAGAGAAGGUUCACAUGCAUCAGCCCCUUUCAGAAUGAGACCUGGAGGUUUAUUCAGUGCAGAAAAGAUCCUGUACUAUCCACAGAUUUCUGUCAGAUCUAAUAAAAUACAUUUGGAAGAUA